UGGUGCGAACAAGAUGCUUUCAACAGUGGUCAUCAUGAAUCAACUCAGGGAGGCGCACAUCAGCCGAUUUAUCCCUUUCAAGCACCAGUAGAAGAAGAAGAAGAAGAAGAAGAAGAAGAAGACGCGGAAGACGUCGAAAGACCACAGCGCCCCCAGCAGAAUCAGGAGGCCGGAAGCGUCAGCAAACACAGCAAUAUCAAAGACUUUUACGAGUCGCCUGCUUAUUGUCUGAUUCGUGAAUAUCUAGACAGAUAUGAGUGAACAGAGCGGUGGUGCAGUCACUCAGGAAACUAGUGCUUCUGCUACUGUUAACAGCCAACUGACAGAUGAUGGUUUUGAUGAUGAUGAUGACGACGACAGUCAUUCAACUAGCCAUGCAACACACGGUAGGACUGAUAUUGAAUCAACACACCAGUCAAAUGUCGAUGAUGAACAACCAUCAACCUCAAAUGUUGCGGAGCCUUUAAGGCAUAGGCCAACAAGACAGAUAGACAUUGAAACAUUGUUGAGAGAUGGCGGUAAUGUAAACGAAUAUCAUGUUUUACCAAGGCCUCGUUUCAAUAGUGUAUCGUUGCGUAGGACAUUGAAUAUGAGUGAAAUAAGAUCUCAGGAUUUAGCAUCGUACCACAUACGUUUACACGAUACCAUGGAUGACAUUGUGUCAUUCGCUAGACAGAUUGGCGGUGAUGGUAGCGUCAUCAAUUUAUGCCUUCGAACACCCACUCUGAAAUCGGAUGUAAAUGCAGUUUUAACACCUGGUAAUAAUUACGACGUUAAUCUUUUUACAGAUCAAAUUGCAAAAAUUUUACAGAGCGAUGAUCGGUUAUCAGCUAACGAAACUGUUGAGAUUGAAGCAGAGGUUGUAAUGAACAGACUAGGAGGAGGUCGCCGUAAACUUACGGAUUUGGCUUUUGAUCAGGUAAUCAAAAGAAAAAAGACGAGCUUGUUUAUACCUACAAAUAUUUCAAACAAAUUAUGUUUCUCUAUCUGUAUAGCACAUUUUCUAGACCCUAAAUUACCUGAGUGUGAAUUAGAAAACCAUGCAUCAAUCAUACACAAUAAAGUGGGUCUUGCUAUCCAAGACAAGGUUGGUUUUCAUGACAUAGCAAAAUUUGAAAACAUGCUUGACAUCAAGAUUGUUGUUUUUUAUAGGACAAACACCGGUGUGUUACAAACAUACGUAAAUAACACCGAACCUCACGACAAAACGGUGUACCUUUAUUUACAAGACGAACAUUACUACAUGAUUCUCAAUCUGAAAUCAUUCAUAGGUGCUAACUUUGUGUGUGAAUUCUGCUAUAAGGGGUACACAUCGCUGCGAAAUCAUCAAUGCAAACAUGUCUGUAACGUCUGCUUUGACAGCGAAUGUUACAAGCAUCCUAAAAAAAUCAUUCAUUGUACCGAUUGUUUGCGCUACUGCAAAUCUUCUUACUGCUACCAAGCUCAUAAGAAACCUAUGCUUGAAGGAGAAAAAGUACCUUGCAACGUUAUAAAAUACUGCAAGAAAUGCAAUAGACGGUACGAUAAGAAAAUGUCUAAACACAUAUGUGCACCAAACCGUUGUGGUGCAUGUCGUGAAGAACUUGUCCCUGGUGGAGAACAUGAGUGUUUUAUUAAAACAGUAGCACUCAAAGACCCUCAGAAUAAAUACAUCUUUUACGAUUUCGAGACUCGUUAUGAAAAUGGGAGACACGUAGCAAAUUUUGUCUGCGCAAUAACGUUUUGUGGUGAAAGAUUUGUAGCCGGGGGGUCUGACUGUGUGAAAAAAAUGAUCGAUCAUUUCAGAAAACCCAAAUACGAAGGCUAUUGUUUCAUAGCUCAUAAUGCAUCCGGAUUUGACUCCUUUCUAAUUCUUGAAUAUUUUUGUAAAGCAGGUCUUCAAAUGGACAUCAUCAUGAAAGGAUGUAAAUUAAUCUUCAUGUUCGAUGUUUCAUUUAAGCAACGCUAUAUAGAUAGCAUAUCCUUCAUACCGAUGGCUCUGUCUAAGAUGCCGGCAGCAUUAAAUCUCACCACAACAGAAAAAGGCUACUUUCCGCAUCAUUUCAAUAGAUUAGAAAAUGAGAACUACGUAGGACCUUAUCCUGACAAAAAGUAUUAUGGUUACGAAAACCUAUCGGAAAAAGAUCAGGCAAAGUUCGAUGCGUGGUACGCUACUACUUCAGGGGAGGUUUUCGACUUCAAGGAACAGUUGUGCCAAUAUGGUGUAAAUGAUGUUGUCUUGCUCCGUGAAGCAUGCAUGACAUACAGAGAAUCGUUCAUAGAGUGUACACAAAUCGAUCCAUUUAGUUACACAACUCUUCCUAGUUGUUGUAUGGGAAUUUUCAAGACACACUAUCUGAAAGACCACACUAUUGCUCUAACCCAUGAAAAUGCAUACAUUCGGCAAAAUAAGACAUUCUCGAGUGUCUCGAUUGAAUGGUUGGAGUAUUUAAAAAAGACUAGAAACGUUGACAUUCAUCAUGCUCUGAAUCAUGGUGAAAUGCAAAUUGGUCAAUACUUUUUAGACGGCUACUACGAACAGGACGAUUCAAGGUAUGGCCUUGAUUUUUUGGGGUGUCUGUUUCAUGCGCACCAAUGCCGUUAUGAGCCUCACAAACUCCACCCCAUGUCGGGUGUACCCUUUGGUGUUCUCAGACGUCAAGUUGACGAAAAAAUUGAAAUUCUACAAAACGCUUAUGGCUUAAAAGUAGAGAUUAUCUGGGAAUGCGAAUGGUCUAAAAUGAAACAAACAGACCCUUCAGUGAUAGAAUUUAUGAGCACUUAUUCGGUGCCUGAAAGACUGAAACCAAGAGAUGCGCUUUUCGGAGGUCGUACCAAUGCUUAUAAGUUGUAUCACAAAGAGACCCUGAUUAUUGCCUAA